AUGACAGACAAUGGCGAGAGCUCAUCGCUGCAUCCGCAGCGAUCGUCGCCUAUCCCAGCCUCGUCCUAUCGCUCUACCUCUCCUGGGCCUGAGAGCCGACAGGCUUCCAUGGCUCGUUUGGCGUCGCCGGUGCCGUCCGGGUCAUUAGCUGCCUCGCUGGCCUCACGACAAGGCCCGCCUGCGACUCGGCCAAUCAGUACUGCUCCGUCAAAUGUUGACCGCAACUUUCAAGCUGUUGACAAUAUGGCCUCCCUCCCUGGACCGGGCCAGUCAAUGAUUGCUUCUCAGCUCCAAGCCAGCCUUGGUCGUUCGCCGCCUCGAUUCGGAACCCCGCCACGAAUGACUGCAUCCCCAUCGAUUCCCCCUACAACUCAAAAUCGGCCGACAGCCUCCCAAUAUGGCUCUUUCGACACCAACGCUGAGAACCAAUACGGCCCAGACUCCAGUGUAGCAGGCGCUUAUGAGGACCCAGAAGUUGUACGAAGACAUCUGGUGCUUCCUCAGAACACUACCGAGGGCCGAGAUACUGGCUCUGAACUUGCGUCAAGUCACGGCGACGAGGAAUUCUCCAGUCUUCAGCUUCAGGGCGGUGAUAUUACUCGUCAGGUCUACCGCUGGGCCGAAGAUGCUGAUUCUUCGCGAUUUGCCCGCAGUAAAAGCUUCAGCAUCAGCAGACCUGCCCCUGAGGCUGAAACAGAGAACAUUUCUACAAUUCAGGUUCCGGGCGGAUUCCGACGAGAUUUCCUGCGCAGGACGGCAGGAAGUCCACAUCGUGGAACUGUUCGGGGGACAAAUGGUGGACCUCCUCCUGCACCGCCUCAGCUGCCAACCUCGAGCUUUUUGGAAUUCUUGACGCUCUAUGGUCACUUUGCCGGAGAGGAGCUUGAAGAAGAUGACGAAGUCCUGGGUCCCGAUGAGUACUUCUCCUCAGAUGCCUGGGAUGAGCACGACGAGGGUCGGGAGUCUGGCGAAGACACCGCGCUUCUAAGAGGAGAAGGGGCUGGCCGCAGAAAGCGCAAGCACAAGCAGCGUGCUCCUCCUGGUAACACCACCACCACCGGUGCUGUCAUGUUGCUGCUUAAGUCUUUUGUUGGAACAGGCAUUCUCUUCCUGCCUCGAGCUUUCCUCAACGGCGGAAUGCUGUUCAGCUCCCUCGUCCUUCUCGGUGUUUCCAUCCUGAGCUACUACGCCUUUAUCCUCCUCGUGAACUCACGCAUGAAAAUCGAGGGCUCCUUUGGUGACAUUGGCGGCAUUCUGUAUGGAAAGCAUAUGAGACGCAUCAUCCUUGGCUCCAUUGUGCUGAGUCAAUUAGGUUUUGUGUCAGCUUACAUCGUCUUUGUGUCGCAGAAUCUCCAGGCUUUUGUGCAAGCCGUGAGCAAAUGCGCCACUUUCAUCGAUAUCAAGUAUCUGGUGCUACUGCAGCUGGUUAUUUUCCUCCCGCUGUCCUUGAUUCGUGACAUUGGCAAGCUAGGCUUCACUGCACUGAUUGCUGAUGCUUUCAUUCUCCUGGGACUGCUGUAUAUCUAUUACUAUGAUGCUCGAACUUUGAUCAGCAAUGGCGGCGUCUCUGAUAUUCAAGCAUUCAACCCCGCUACUUGGUCAAUGUUCAUCGGCACAGCUAUUUUCACCUACGAGGGUGUUGGUCUCAUCAUUCCGAUUCAGGAAUCCAUGAAGCAGCCUGGCCGUUUCCCGGGCGUUUUGGCCGGAGUGAUGGUCAUCAUCACCUUGAUCUUUUUGUCUGCAGGUGCGCUGAGUUACGCAGCCUAUGGAUCGGCCACCAAAACCGUCAUUCUUCUCAACAUGCCCCAGGACGACAAAUUUGUCAAUGUCGUCCAGCUCCUCUAUUCACUGGCUAUUCUGCUAAGCACUCCUCUGCAAUUGUUCCCUGCCAUCCGUAUCUUGGAAAAUGAGCUGUUCACUCGCAGUGGGAAGUAUAACCCAUAUAUCAAGUGGAAAAAGAACGCUUUCCGAUUCUUCUUGGUUGUCGUCUGUGCUGUUGUCGCCUGGGGUGGUGCAGCUGAUCUAGACAAGUUCGUUGCCUUGGUUGGCAGCUUCGCUUGUGUACCGCUGAUUUAUGUCUAUCCGCCCCUGCUCCACCUGCGUGCUUGCGCUCAAUCAAAACGCCAGGCUAUCGCCGAUAUCACCCUUGCUAUUCUCGGCGCGAUCUGCUGUAUCUACACUACUGCUCUGACCAUUCAAAGCUGGUUCGGUGCCCAGGCUCCAUCAAGCCCCGGGUACUGUGACCCCAAAUAA